AUGCAUUUCUCUAUCCUCCUCUUCUUGAGCUUGGCAAACGCGUGGUCGCCCACCAACUCCUAUGCCCCAGGAGAGGUUGAGUGUCCAUCCUAUCUAAACGAGUCGGAAUACAACACGAAUGACAGAAGAGGAUUUAUACGUGCUGCCAAUAGCCUAAGCGAGAAGGAGCAAGAUUGGCUCGCAGGAAGAGAAAACAUUACAAACGACAAUCUCAGAUGGUUUCUGAACCUCGCAAACAUGACGGAUUUCGAUACUGACGACUUCAUGGAUCAGCUUGCCGAAGAAAGCGAACAUAACGACACUAUUCUGGCUACCCCCAGAAUUGGACUUGCUUUCAGCGGAGGAGGCUACCGUGCGAUGCUUGGUGCGGCCGGCCAAAUCUCCGGUCUUGAUAACCGUACCGACGGCUGCUAUGAGCAUGGUCUGCCUAUUUUAUCGGCCGUUACUUACAUUGCGGGUCUUUCCGGAGGUUCCUGGUUUUUGUCUACUUUGGCCUUCAACAAUUGGACCUCCGCUCAGGACAUUCUGGACCAAACUGGACAGGACAACGCCACCUGGGACCUUACAGACUCCAUCUUGUCUGAUGGUGGAUUGUUCCAUACGCUUGGAUAUUGGAAUAGUAUCAGUGACGACGUUCAGGCCAAAGAGGAUGCGGGCUUCGAUAUCACUCUGACAGAUCCCUGGGGAAGAGCACUGUCUCACCAGUUCUUCCCCACGCUCGAAGACUAUGGUGCCUCGAUGACCUUCAGUUCUAUAAGAGAUUUCCCCGUGUUUAAGAAUUACGAGAUGCCAUUCCCAAUUGUCGUCGCCGAUGGACGAGCCCCGGGUACUGAGAUUAUCAGUUCAAACUCCACUGUUUUCGAAAUUACACCAUUUGAGAUGGGCUCUUGGGACCCUUCUCUUUACACCUUUGCCGACCUCAAGUACAUUGGAACGAAUGUUACCAACGGAAAACCCGUCAACUCGUGCAUUGGCGGAUUCGACAACACCGGCUACAUUUUCGGAACAUCGUCGUCACUCUUCAAUGAGGUGUUGCUGGAGCUCAAUAGCAGUUCGACCUCCAGCUUUUUGGCCUCCUUGUUUGAAGACUUUUUGGACCACAUCGGGUUUGACGAGAACGACAUCGCUGCCUAUAGGCCUAAUCCAUUCUACAAAUCUGAGUGGGCAGCCCUGGACUCGAUCGUCAGCGCUGAGACGCUAGAUCUCGUCGAUGGUGGCGAGGAUUACCAAAACAUUCCUUUGAAUCCACUGUUGCAACCAGAAAGACAAGUUGAUGCCGUUUUUGCAUUCGACAACUCCUAUGACACCGAUACCCAUUGGCCUAACGGAACAUCGCUCGUUUAUACCUAUCAGCGUCAAUUCGGAUCGCAGGCAAACCAUACGGCCUUCCCCUACGUUCCGGACCAGGCAACGUUUUUGAAUCAGAACUUGACAGCCAAGCCAGCGUUCUUUGGCUGCUAUGCUUCCAACUUGACAGAUCUCAUGGACGAACUUGAAACUGACUACGUUCCGCCAUUAAUUAUUUACAUUGCCAACAGACCUUACUCCUACUAUACCAACACAUCCACUUACCAGAUGUCGUACACGGACGACGAAAAAAUAGGCUUCUUCCAGAACGGUUUUGAAGUGACUACUAGAAAUAACCUCACCAUCGACGAGGAAUUCCGCGCAUGCAUUGGAUGUGCAGUCUUGCAGCGUUCCAGAGAGAGGCUCGGCUACUCUUUGGGGGACCAAUGCCAAAGAUGUUUCGAUACUUACUGUUGGGACGGAACUAUUGACACCAAUGAGGCCACUAUCGGCGUCAACUUCACGGACAGUGGUCUUACUUCUCAAUCGGAUGAGACAAACGCCACAAGCGGCUCCGUCAGAUUAGGCACUGAUUAUUUCACUGCCAAGUUUGUCGUAAUGGCUUCGGUUCUCUGUCUGGUUUUAUUCUAG